GACUGUUACUAGUACCCAAUAAUGGCGGUUCUCGUGGAUUCUCGAGGUACAAACUUCUUUUAARCAAAAGGURCAUUUCUGGUGUAAAUUGAUCUYAUGCUGAAUGUAUUUCAGCUUGAAAAGUUAGAUAAGAAGCAAAUUCAUAUUUACAAUGAGAUCUUUGAGUAAUUUACGGCUGAGGAUUGUCCAAUUUAGUGAAAUAUUUGGAAACCACAUUUGCAGAAAGAAUGCAAGCAGCUUGUCGCUAAAAACAGGUCCAUCUUUGAUUAAGACCACCAAGCCUACAUCAUUGCAAAGCUGUUCCACUUGGACCGGAAGUGUACUAAGACCCAUAGGCUAUCAGCUUUAUAUCAAUAACAAUGCUACUUUAGAACUUCCAACAUCUCCAACAUGUACACCAUUAGGCUUUCCUACACCAUUUUUGCCACACAUGGGCAAUAUUUUAGGAUAUCUACCAUCAGAUGAAAGUAUUGUAGGAUAUAUUCCCAGCAAGAACUCUGAUAUGAAGUGCAGCAGUCUUUUGAAAAAACGCAAGAAGAAAAUGAACAAGCAUAAAUACAAAAAGAGGAGAAAACGUGACAAGUUCAAGAGRCGUAACUUGGAGAACAUCAAAGAAAGAAAAAGGCGAAUGAGGGAGAAGGCUGACGAGAGGGCUAAAAGUGCACUUGUUUGACAUCUUCAAACUGUGUUACAAAAAACUUGAAACAAUAACAGUGAAGGAUUUUUGUAAGCUCUUGUUCUGCAAUUAUAGUGAGAGAAAAAUGGGAAACACAUGGAAAUGGAAAAGAAAUUUGUUUCUUAAAAAAAA